GUCCGUUUUGAUCCUCUUUUCAUGGUCCUGUUGAGUUGAGAGAUUUUGAGAUCAUAAAUUUUUGCGUUCCUAUUUUGAUUUCACAAUCUCCUCCGAUAUCCCUGUCAAAAAGGUGAAGCCUCAGUUCUGGGCAUAUAGUUAUAUUCGAGGAGUCGAUUCUACUUGGAGCAAGCAUACCGUAUUCGUUAAUCAUGUGUGACACUACGCCUAUGCCUAUACCUACUGAUCGAUCCCUUAAAACACUUAUUGAACUGGACAAAGCUGAAGAUGAAAGGAGGAAAAAGCUUGCAGCUAUAAAGAAGGCGGCAUUAAAUGCCUCAUCCAAGUUCAGGCAUUCCCUGACAAAGAAAGGUCGGAGGAACAGCAGAGUUAUGUCUAUUGGUUUUGAGAUAGAACUUAACACAGAAGAGUUGAAGGCAGUUGAUGCUUUUCGCCAAGCUCUUAUCUUGGACGAUCUUUUUAUUGCCAAACACGAUGAUCAAUAUAUGAUGCUCAGAUUCUUGAGAGCUAGGAAGUUUGAUAUUGACAAAACAAAGCAAAUGUGGGCAGAUAUGCUUCAGUGGAGAAGGGAAUUUGGUGCCGACACUAUAAUGGAGGAUUUUGAAUUUCCAGAAAUAGACGAAGUUUUAAAAUACUACCCACAAGGACAUCAUGGAGUUGAUAAGGAUGGUCGACCUGUCUACAUUGAAAAAUUGGGUCAGGUUGAUCCUAACAAGCUUAUGCAAGUGACAACCAUGGAUCGUUACGUUAAGUACCAUGUGAGAGAGUUUGAGAGGACCUUCGCUAUUAAGUUCCCCGCAUGUUCAAUCGCUGCUAUGAAGCACAUUGACCAGAGCACAACUAUUUUGGAUGUGCAAGGAGUGGGACUUAAAAAUUUCAACAAAGCUGCAAGGGACCUCAUCCAGAGGCUUCAGAAGAUUGAUGGUGACAACUAUCCUGAGACACUGAACCGAAUGUUCAUCAUCAAUGCUGGUUCUGGAUUUAGGCUCUUGUGGAACACAAUCAAAUCAUUCCUUGAUCCCAAGACAACAGCAAAAAUCCAUGUUCUAGGUAACAAAUACCAAAGCAAGCUGCUUGAGAUCAUCGAUGCCAGUGAACUUCCGGAGUUCUUGGGUGGUACUUGUGCUUGUGCAGAUAAAGGUGGUUGCAUGCUUUCUGACAAAGGACCAUGGAACAAUCCAGAUAUCUUGAGGUUGGUUCAAAAUCAAGAGAGAAAAUGCAGAAGGAGACCCUUAGCAGGAAUUCAUGAGAAAGCAAUCUGUGGAGAUGACGAACCAUAUCUAACGGGAUGCAAUUCUUUUGACAAAAGAUUGGUAGAACUUCCAUUGCCAGAAGUUGAGAAAGCCAGACACUCCCCAGCUCCAGAAGGAGUCAUGAAGCAAUAUAGUGUCCAUCAGCAUGAUGUCCCGGGGGUUGACAAGCCAAUGAAUUCAGCUUGGAUAAAAGCUGCACAAAAUGAUAAAUUAGCCAUCUCUAAAGCUGCUGAUGGUUUCACUGACGAUGCUUACAAGACUUCUGUAGUGUUUACUAAUCCUUUCAUGAGUGGGAUCAUGGCCCUAUUGAUGGGAAUUUUAACAAUGAUCCGAAUCACAAGGCACGUUCCGAGAAAACUCACUGAAGCCGCCUUCUGUGUCUGCUCAGAACAUUGUGAGAUCACAACAAUGAAAGCACCAGGCAUUAUUUCCUUUAAUGAUCACAUGGCCUUGAUCAAACGCGUAGCUGAACUAGAAGAGAAGGUGAGUCUUCUUAACAUAAAACCUUCCAUGCCAAAAGAGAAAGAAGAACUUCUGAACGCCACUCUGGGCAGAGUCAGAAGUCUUGAGCAAGAGUUGGCUGCAUCUAAAAAGGCUCUUGAUGAGGCCUUUGUUAGACAUGAGGAGCUGCAAGCGUCCAUUGAGAAAAAGAAGAAGAAGAAAAAGUUUGUAAGUCAUCUUAACUCUGAUGCUGCUUCAGGAUUCUUUCGCAGUUUGCCAAAGUUUUUCAACAGUUUAUAAUUCAAUAAAAAAAACUGAAAUAUCAAAUAUAUAAAAGAAACCUUGUGAAGUCUUCUCCUCAAACAAAAUUUACAUGCAGAGUAUGUGUUUCUUGAAAAAAAAUUUUAAAACAUACCUGGGAACAUUGAUGGGUCCAUACUCUGAAAUGAAGAGAUUGAGGAUGCAACCCACGAUGACCAAAAUAUGUUUAAGAACGAAGUUGCAAGAGCUAAUGUCCAAAUACCAUAUUCCCGAGUUAUAAAAGUGAUCAACUAUAGAAAUGCCGCUGAUUUGCUUUUGUAAGAACGAUAGCUUGAUAAUUGGCCUAUGAGUUGGUGUUUCUUCAAAAAUACAUAAAUUAAUAUGGUUUAUUCAAUUGAUAAUAAUCUACAAGUAAAAAUAAUUUUCUAACAUGAAUUCGACACAUCACAGUUAUAUUAAUAAA